CCGCUUGCCUGCUUGCGUGGCGCCCCCAGCCCCUCGCUCAGCUCAUCCGCGCCGCGUACGCGCCUCCUGCGUCUCCAAGCCGCGGCGGCCGCAGAUUCCCUUCUUCCCCCCUCCGUCGCCGCGCGCGGCCGGCUACCGCGCCCAUGGAUUAUGAAUUGGUGCGUGCGUCACAUCAAUUCAAGUCAAGAAUGAAUCGCAUGCACGUGGCAAUUCAAGGUUCUAAUAUUAUUUUUUUUCUUAUUUAUUUGUUGAAUUGAUGAUUACUACGCGCAGGGCGACGAGGAGCUCAUGGCCAAGGAGUCGGAGCUGGCCAACGGCCCGACAUUCGAGGACCUGGCCAUCGACGACAGCCUGAGCGACCUGCAGCGCGUGACCAAGUACGUGUGCAGCAACAUCGCGCUGCAACGCGUGAUCCACGUCAAGAUGCUGCACGAGACGGCGCGCGGCGUGGGCUUCCAGGCCACGUGCGACCAGCUGCUGCCGCUGCUCGAGCCGCUCGUGUGCGACGUCGAGUACGUGGUGCGCCAGCACGUGGCGCUGCAGUUCCCGCCGCUGUGCCAGUUCCUGGUGGAGGCCGAGCCCGACGCCGGCUACCGCGUGCUGCUGGACAAGCUCAUCCCGCUGGUCACCAAGCUCGUGUCCGACGACCAGCACGAGGUGCGCUCGGCCGCCAGCGAGAGCCUCGUGGACAUGGCGGCGCUCGUCAAGCCCGAGGACCAGGGCCAGCACGUGCUCACCAUCGUGCUACCGCUGGCCCACGACGACGACAACGAGCAGUUCCGGAUCUCGGCCGUCACGCUCUACAACGGCCUGGCCGAGCACUUUGGCGCCGAGCUGUGCCAGCAGUUCUGCGUGCCCGAGUUGAUUUCUUUGUCCGAAGAUCCGGUGUUUCGGGUACGCAAGUCGACGGCGUUGAGUUUCCCCAAUGUGUGCAAGACUGCAGGUGUGGAGCUGAGUCGGGAGCGGCUGAUCCCGGCCUUCCAGCGGCUGGCGAAGGACGAUAUUUGGGGUGUGCGCAAGGCGUGCGCCGAGUGUCUGGUGAAUGUUGCGUUGGCAUUGGCGCCGGCUGACCGUGGCCCGCUACUGAUACCGAUGUUCGAGAGUUUUAUUGGCGAUUCGUCGCGGUGGGUGCGGAUGGCCGCGUACCAGAGUUUGGGGCCGUUCUUGGCGGCCUUGGACAAGGAGCAGGUUACGGAUGAACUGGUGGGUCAUUUCACGAGCAUGGCUACGACAGCAGCCUCGCAGCUGGGCGGCAGCGGCGAGGUAGAUAUUAAGUUUCACUGUGCGUUUAACUUUCCGGCGGUGGUGAGUAUCCUGGGAGCGGAGGACUGGCUUAAACUAUCGCCGACUUUCGAGCUGCUGCAUAACGAUACUUUUUGGAAGAUCCGGCGGUCAUUCGCGUAUUCUUUGCACGAACUGGCGCGGAUUCUGGGCCAAGGCAUUACGGAGACACAGCUCGCCACAGCGUUCGACAGCUAUCUCCACGAUGUACAGGACGUGCGGCUGGGCGCGAUGCUGCACUUUGCCGAUUUUUUGGAGAAUGUGUCCCCGUCGUUUCGUGAAAGUUAUUUACCAGUACUGGCUGAGUUUGAUUCCUUCGACAACACUACCAAGUGGCGAUUCCGAGAAGUGCUGAGCGGUCAGCUAGCGCAGCUUUGCCGCACGUUUACACCGGAGGCGACGUUUUCCGUUAUUAACCCUUUGGUGUUCAAGCUUGUCACCGAUCCGGUUGCUGUGGUGCGAGAAGAAAGCUAUCAUGUACGUGCACUGGUUUAUGCCCUUGCGUCUCUUUGUGCCGUCAGCUAAUGGUCGUUUUGGCGUGUUGUUCGCGUCUGCAGGCAUGCCCGCUGCUAGUAGCACGCCUCAGCUCAAACCCCGAGUGGCUUACUGCUAUUGUCGAAAAAUUUGUGACCCUCGCGAAAUCUUCACAUUAUCAGGAACGGCAGUGCUUCGUUAAGAUAUGCGCAUCGUUUCUGCCAACUCCGUCACAAGAGCAGUCUCAAGAUGACGGCAAAGCACAACAGGACGCGACUCUGGCGGAUGCAGCUCGUGACUUUUUCUCGUCGAACCUCGCAGCA